AUGGGUUUGAAAACAGUGUCAUCAAAUAGUUGUUCAGCUUCUUUACGAAAUAAGUUCACCAACUCUGCAAAAGAUUAUAUAAAAUAUGAUAUUGGAAUUUUCAACAAAUACCAUAGAACUAAAAUGCCUAGCAAUAUCAAUGACAUUCAGUCACUAAAUAAAUCUAACGAAAUCAGUGCUUCGAAAAAUAUUAAAAUCAGUACAUGCAGUUUUGAUGUAAAUUCUGAUGAUUCGAUUUCUCUAAGUCAUAGUGUUUCUCCUCUGAAACAACGUAGUAAUACUCCUCCGCCCAAAAGCCAAAACGAACUUAUAGAUUUAACACCCAUAAACAGAAAUAGAAGUUGUAGUAUAGAUGAAAGUUUGAAAAAUUAUACUAAAUUGGAACAAAAUGCCAAAAAUAAUUUGAGAUUUAUACGUUCACGAGGUCUAAUGAAUCCAUUUGACAAAUCACAAUAUCACGUUAAGUUAACAUCAAAUCGGAGAAGGUGGAGUCAUAUAUUCCCAGAAAAACCUACAAUCACAAAAAAAGUUUAUGACUGUAAUGAAUUUAAUAAAAAUACAAAGAACUUAAGUGAAAUGGAAAAAAUUCAAAAAUUAGAAAAAAAUUUAAAUUUUAACAUAAUAAAACAUCAAAAAUUAAGAAUCGAGGAAAAACAAAAUAUCACAAGUUCUUGUGAUUGCUUAAGUGAUAAUGAAAUGACAGAUAUGGAUUUUGAAUUGACAGAUAUGUGUACACCAGGUGUUGAUUGGAAAUCACUUGUGUUUCCUGCGUGUUUACCAAUAACAACUGACUAUUUUCCGGAUGAGAUAAAUCUUCAAACAUAUUAUUUAUUUUCAAAUUACAAUCUGUUACCUGAUUAUGUAAAUGCUGAAGUUGCCUUGCAAAGAGCCGUUUAUCGUCAACCACUAUCGGCUUUAGAAGUUUUUUAUCAAAUGAUAUGCCAACGUUUAUCUCAAGGUUUCCAGUUGGUUGUAAGUAAAGAUGAAAAUCCCGAACAAAAAAAGAAGAUAAAUAGUAUUGUCAUGAGAUCAACAGUUCAUGAUGAACGAUUUAUUGAAAUGCGGCUGAGUAUUGGGAGAAUAGUUCAUACUGUUACUUUAUUUGGUUCAGAAAUUCAAGUGACGCGUUAUAGACCAAGAUUUCCUUAUGCAACAUUUGAAAUACGAUAUCGCUAUCGUUUUCAAGCGCCAGACCAUUCAACCUAUGGAAUUUCAUGGAUAUCAUUUAUUACUGAAAAAUUAGAAAAUUUUAAUUGGAAUUAUAUGGAUCAUUAUUUAUGUGCUCGUGGGGAUAUGGAUUAUGAUUUACACGAGAAACUAAAAUAUUGGCGAUUCCGUAUGUAUCUUCUACCUUUGCGUCAUGAUGCAACAAAAACUAUUAUGAGUCAUUUAGAUGAUACAUUUUACUGUGAUAUUUACAAAAUACCAACAAUGGAGGAACAAGUUUGUUUUACAAAUAAAUUUGUUAAAUUUAUUGAAACUUGGAUAAAUCGUAUUAAAAGAUCGACAACAAUCAGCCUCAAAAGUUCAAGUGAUACAUCACCUUAUCGAGAUCGUGUCAACUCUAUACGUACAUCGGAUAAGCCUCGUCCAAGGUCAGGUUCUAAUGUUUAUGAUAAAUCAAUCGUGUCAUUAUUUCCUGAAAAUACUGUUCAAGAUGAAAUUAUUGAUAAUAUUGAGAAUCCGAUCAAUUUAAUCAACUCUGAAUUGCUUAAAGAAAAUAUUUCCAACGCYGAGCUAGUAGAACAUUUGUGUAAUACACAAGUUGGUGUUGGUUUUGUUAACAGACACAUGGGAUUACCACAAAAUACUUUUGUUAGUAAUGAUGCAAUUACAUGGCUUAUGAAUAAUUUAAAGACAUUAAAUAAUAGAGAUGAAGCUGUUGAACGUUUACAGAACAUUUUGUGUGAAGGAUUAAUUUGCCAUGCAUCUGGAGAUUUUUCUCAUCCUUUCAUUGAUGGAUUUUAUUUGUAUUAUUUUCCUUCAUGUGAAUCGCCUACUGAUCAAUCUUCUUUGCCUACACAUGAUUUCCAAGCAUUUGAAAAUGAAUGGGUUGAAGUGGAAGUUAAACAACCUAUUAAUUACCCCAAAAAUAUAGACUUUUUAAUGGAUGAUUUAUCACUUCCUGAGCCCCUACAAUAUGGAAGUAGGCGAGAAGUACCAUGGUACAAAGAAGCUCAUUUAGAGAUGGAUGUAAAUAGUAAAAGUGAUCGUGUAGAAUGGGGUCAUGCCAGAUAUCAAUCACUUUAUCGUUGUGAUCAGGCAUAUGAAAUUAUAGCUCGAUGGGUAGCAGCAUCUGGUUCAGUUGUGGCUGAUUUGAUAUAUAAUUGGGCACGUAAAGCACAAACUGGUGGAUUUCAGUUGAUACCAUUGCCUGCUGAUCCUUUUGCUUUGCCAUAUACUUUAAAAUCAGAUCCUCUACGUGGUCCAGUAUUCGUACCUCUCAAUUUGGAAUGUCUUUUGACAGAAGAAAACAAUUGUUUAUUUCAUGAAUAUCCUGAAGAUUCAUGGCUUCGAAGAUUAUUACUAUUCCAAGAAAUUAUACUUUACAGAUUCGGGUUUAUAAUAUGUAAUUCAAAAACUAAUGGAAAUGAAUCAUAUCAUAAUCAAUAUAUUCAUCUUACAGGAAACGUGUUUGUGUUAAUACUUUCUGACUUGGUUGAAGAAGCGAAGGAAAAAAAUGAUUCUCCUGAUCAAGUAGUUAAUGAAUCAGAAGCUAGUAGUAAUCAGCAAGAAUUACAAUUUAGCCCUCACAUGGAAUACAUAUCACGACAUGUUUAUCAUAGUUUACCGAAAGAAAAUGAUCCAAAAAUAGAAAACAGGGUUGGUUUUCUUUGGGCUUGGAAUCAUAUGGUAAGUCGUAGAUGGAAGUCUUCAAAUCCAGCAACUGGUGAUGAACAGUUUCAAAAUAAACUAUUAGAAGAUUUUAGAUACUUUUGUAGCAAUAAAGAUGAACGAUUAUCAAWUUUUUUGAAAUCUUGUAAAGAAGAACAUAAUGCAUUUAAACACCAAGAAUAAAUUAAAUAUUGCAUGUU